UCUGCCCUCGCUCCCGCAGCUUAGGCUUGUGCGAGCUGGAGUAGCGGAGCCUGAGGGACCGAGGCUGGAGCGUCCGGGUCCGCAGCAGGCGGGCGCGGCUGUGCAGGCCGGGGAGGCCGAAGGCCGGGCUGACGGGGGCGUCAAGACCCGGGCCCGGCGCGGCCUCCUAGGUGAGGCCUGAGGAUGCAGAUCAGGGCCUUGGGAAGGAGGCUGGGUCUGGCUGAUUGCUUGUUGGAGACCGGACUCUAGUACUUCUCCAGACUUUUCCUUCAGCAGCAGAAGAUGAAUACAUCCUUGGGCCCACUGUCAUUCAAGGAUGUGGCUGUGGCCUUCACCCAGGAGGAGUGGCAGCAGCUGGGCUCUGAGGAGAAGACAACAUACAGGGAUGUGAUGCUGGAGAACUACAGCAACCUCGUCUCCGUAGGGUAUCACAUUAUCAAACCGGAUGUUAUCAUCAAGUUGGAACAAGGAGACGAGCCAUGGGUAGGAGAAGAAGCAUUCUCACCUCAGAGCUGUCCAGAUGAAAUCUGGCAGGAGAAUGACCUGAUGGAGAAAGUCCAGGGAGAUGAAGAGAAAGAGUCGUGGUCAACUGUGUUCAACUACAAAAGCAUAGUUGAAAAGACAGGUGGUAUGGCUAGUAAAGCCACUAAUGAAGAAACAACACUCGUUCCUUCAAGAAAAGUCAUACCUAAGUGUGACUCCUGUGAGAAGAGCUUGGCAUGCGUCUCCGAAUUCAUUAGUAGCGAUGGAAGCUAUGCAAAAAUGAAGCCCAAUGUGUGUGCAGGGUGUGGGAAAUCACUCCUCCACAUUAAGCUUGAGAAAACACAUCCAGGAGAUGAUUCUUAUGACUUUAGUCAGAAUGAAAAUGAUUACGCUGUAAGUGAAGAAAAUAUUUAUCAGAAAAUUCAUAUUUUGGAGAAGCCCUUUGAAUAUGUUGAGUGCCAGAAAUCCUUCCCAGCGAACACAGUUUUUCUUAAUCACAUGGAAGAGAAGCCCUAUGAUUGGAAUGAGUCUGAAAUAACUUUUCUUCAGAUGUCAGACCUCAGUGUCCACCAGAGUUCUCCCAUGGAAAUGAAACCCUACGAGUGCCGUGAAUGUGGGAAGUCCUUCUGUAAAAAGUCCAAAUUCAUUAUACAUCAGAGAACUCACACAGGAGAGAAACCUUUUAAGUGUAAUCAGUGUGGGAAAUCCUUCUGCCAGAAGGGAACCCUCACUGUACAUCAGAGAACCCACACAGGGGAGAAGCCCUAUGAAUGUAAUGAAUGUGGGAAAAACUUCUACCAGAAGUUACACCUCAUUCAGCACCAGAGAACUCACUCAGGAGAAAAGCCCUAUGAAUGUAGCUACUGUGGGAAAUCCUUUUGCCAGAAGACACACCUCACACAGCACCAGAGGACACAUUCAGGAGAGAGGCCCUAUGUUUGCCAUGACUGUGGAAAGACUUUCUCUCAGAAGUCAGCACUUAACGAUCACCAGAAGAUCCACACAGGUGUAAAACUCUACAAGUGCAGCGAGUGUGGGAAAUGCUUCUGCCGCAAGUCUACUCUCACAACCCACAUGAGGACACACACAGGAGAGAAGCCCUAUGAGUGCAAUGAGUGUGGGAAGUUCUUCUCUAGGCUGUCAUACCUAACUGUUCACUACAGAACACAUUCAGGAGAGAAACCCUAUGAGUGUACAGAAUGUGGGAAGACCUUCUAUCUGAACUCGGCCCUCAUGAGACAUCAGAGAGUACACACAGGAGAGAAACCUUAUGAAUGUAAUGAGUGCGGGAAAUUAUUCUCACAGUUGUCAUACCUCACUGUACAUCAUAGAACUCAUUCAGGAGUGAAACCCUAUGAAUGUAGUGAAUGUGGGAAAACCUUCUACCAAAAUUCAGCCCUUUGUAGGCACCGGAGAAUUCAUAGAGGGGAGAAACCCUAUGAAUGUUACAUAUGUGGAAAGUUCUUCUCUCAGAUGUCAUACCUCACUAUACAUCAUAGAAUUCAUUCAGGAGAGAAACCCUAUGAAUGUAGUGAGUGUGGGAAAACCUUCUGCCAGAAUUCAGCACUUAACAGACAUCAGAGAACACAUACAGGAGAAAAAGCCUAUGAAUGUUAUGAAUGUGGAAAGUGCUUCUCUCAGAUGUCAUAUCUCACUAUACAUCACAGGAUUCAUUCAGGAGAAAAGCCCUUUGAAUGUAAUGAAUGUGGGAAAGCCUUCUCUCGGAUGUCGUACCUCACUGUGCAUUACAGAACCCACUCAGGAGAGAAGCCCUAUGAAUGUACUGAAUGUGGGAAGAAGUUCUACCACAAGUCAGCAUUCAAUAGCCAUCAGAGAAUUCAUAGAAGAGGGAAUGGGAAUGUAGUUGAUGUGGGAAGGCUCCUUUAAAGUCAGACUUCAGCUGACCACCUCAGUGAACUAAAAACUCCUGUCCAGAGUGAAGCCCAAUUAUACAGUUGGCCCUCAGCACCCAUAGGUUCCAUAUCUGAGGAAUCAACCAACCAGAACUACUUAGGAAAGGUUUUAUCUGUACUGAAUAUAUACAGAAUUUUUUCUUGUUAUUUCCUAAGUAGUACAAUAUAACAACUUUCUAUUGCAUUAUAUGGUAUUAAGAUAACCUAGAGACGAGUUAAAGUACAUGGGAAGAUUGUGUUAAAUACAGCAUUUUACAUAGGGACUUAACGAACUGCAGACUUUGGUGUUCAGUGCUCCUAGAACCACACUCCACAUACCAAAGGAUCCUUUAUCAGAGAGCCCACACAAAUGAGCAGAACAAGUCCAUGGGAAGUAGAUUCAUCUGGAAAUUCACAGGUCAGAAGCCACAAUUGUGAAAAGACCACAUAGCAGACUACACAGGAGUAAGAAUGUAUAAAUACUUUUCAACAUGACUUCAAACUGCUUAUCAGGGAAUUGACUCAACUUAAAGAAUAUGGGACAUGCACUCCUUUGGAAACUGCUAAUACUAAAGGAGAUUUUGUAAAAUUAAAAGAAGAUAAUCUGCUAGAAAUAUGUACACUCUAUAACUACAGGAUAUAAAAUUGUCAGUCUAGUUAGCCAAGUUUGCUGCAUUAAACUAGUAAACAGUUCCCAAGGAACACAGAACUUGGGGUUUCUUGUUCCUAGUUUAGUAACGAUCACAGAAAUCAUAUGUUCAAUUUUAAUCCAGCUUGGAAUUAUCCAGCAUUGUAUCCUUGUUUGUAACAUAUAGUAAGAUUACCAUUCUAAGUUCACCAUCGUGUUAUUUUUUUUAAUAUGCACUGUCACUGAAGUAGUAUUUGAAAGUUAUGAACUAUGCCUUUUUCUUGUUCCUUGGAUUUUAAAAUGCAUUUGGUCAUUGUUACAGGAUUGUAUCAUCUGUAAGAAGCCAACGUUUUUGUUGUUUUCAACUAGCAAAGAAGACAGAAAUGUAUCUAUAAAAUAGGAAACUCUGAAUAGGUCAUUUUUAAUUAAGCCAGAAGUCUCCAAGGGCAAGAAAUAGCUUUAGCACUCACUGUACUCUGUACAUCUAAGGACUAUACUUAGAAUAUUCUCAUUUCUAUCUGCUGUUUGUUCACUUUUUUAUGUAGAUGCUUAGGUGUGUGUAGAGCACAAGGGCUGGGUAGCACUGUCUGUGCUACUGUUGUGAACGUUCUCUGCUCUACCAUCACUAGGAGGUGAGAACACACAAAUAAGGCUUGUGGCAGACAUCAUCCAUGGCCUUCUGUCACUCCCUCCUUGCUCUUUGCCUGUAAUCUGAGUAUUCAUUCCUCCUUGGAAGAUGGGCUAUCACUCCUGAUAAGUUUUAUUGGUAGUGAUAAUCCUUUCUUGUAGCCUUGGACCCAAGUCUAAAGAAUUAGAGGGGUUAUUAGAGAUCAUUUCCUGAAAGGGUUUCCUCAAAGAAGCCAAACCUUGGUGACCAUCACCAUAUCUGGAUGUGGUGUCAGAUAAUGACUCCCAACAAUGGAUACAGUGUAAUCAUGGCCGUUACAGGAAGUAGAAUAACCUGGGACCUAAAUGAUGUCGCAGAGCCACUAAACCAGCAUGACCUGCAGCCACUCCAUGUCUGUAGUGUGUUUUUUUU